UUGAUAAAAUUGAUGUGUAGUGUAUUGAAAAUCAUGAAAAAUUCAAUUAUUUCUUGAAAAUGUUAUGUUUGAGUUUGAAGGGCUGCGAUUGUUUAUUUUGAAAUUUCAAGAAUAAGUUCGCUGUCAAACUGGGAAAUUACGUACUUAUAACACCAAAAUGAGCGACAACCAGAAGCAGAAUCCGUCCAAUGACCCGUUGAUUUUCUACUAUCAUGCCGGUAAGCUAGUCGAUUUGGCUGCGGUAUCUUUGCUGGCUGCUUUGAAGCAUCAUAAAAUAACGCAAAUGCAUCUUGGAAACGAAGAAAUCCGUAUUGCAUCUAACGAAAUGCAUCUAAUCAGCGUGAACUUGCCUAAAUCUAUUACUAAUAUGCUGCGUGAAUUGGCCGAUCGUAUGGACGAAUCGAUAGCUAAGUGGUGGAAAUACCACUGGGAAGCGGUGUUUUUUUGUAAAAUACCAUCAGAUGAUAUGAUUACAUUGUUUGAUCAAUUUGUAUGGCUACCCGAUGGCUCAAUUAGCUUCGAAAAAACGGCUAGAAAAUUGUUGGAUAGCGAUAAAUUAACAAAUAAGCAGAAGUUACAAAUUGCUUGUACAUAUUUUUUCAUCGAAGAUGCGAAUCGUUUGAAAGGGACGUUAUCGCCCGACGAGAUUCAUUUCCUCACCAAAUCAUUUUGUACGGAUUUCGAUCCAUUCUUGGAGUACUGGUACUGUAAAAUACGACAUAUGACAGGUUUUCAUCACCUGACGAACACGGACAUUGAUUUGUUCACUGAAUUGACACAACCUUUCUGUAGAAAAUACUAUCACCAUUGGCCAGUCGUAGAAUAUUUUUGGAAUCAGUUGCGUGAUGAAGAAGAGCGUCGAAGGAAAGUUGAACAAAUUCUUGAUGCUGAGCGUGAUUUAUUUAAUUAUGAUGACAAACGGGUCGAGCUGAUCUGGCACUUUCUUCCCAAAUUGACUAGCUCACAACUCGAUUCGCUGCUAAAGAACUAUGGUUAUGAGGUUAUAUACUAUUUGAUCGAUGAUCCUAACUACGUCGAAUAUGCAAUUUCAACUUGGAAACGUCUGGUGAAUUUAAUCGAUAAUCGUAAUCUUAAUUUUCUUCUAGACCACGUGACAGACUUGGAGGAAAAUCAAGAUUAUACUGAUGGUAUACUACGCGAAAUGUGGCUCUACAUGUCGGAACAACAGAAAAAGUUUGUCGCCAAUCAACAAGAACUACAUUAUGUGACAACGUGGAUUAAAUAUUGUUUAUAUAAUUCGCCAAAUCAUCAGCUGAUUGUGGAUAUAUUUUCGUAUUGGGAUUCAGAACGUAGACGUCAAUGCUGGAUGGCUAAUUGGACUAGUUUAGUAAUCGGUCAAAUGGGUAAUAAAAACAAAAUCGAAGAGAUAAUGAAGAUGGUCUUUGAUAGUAAUGAAAAUAUCGCCGUUUUCAAAUGCACCACCAUGAUCGAUUAUAAUUCUAUCAGAACAGCUUGUGAAAACUUGUUAAAGCAGGGACAUUUCGAGGGAUUGCAAAACUACUUGAAUUACUGUACAGAGGACCAGAAUGUGAUUCGAAAUUUGAAAAAGCAAAUCAUUCUGACAAUGCCGAAGGACGACCUGUUUCAUGCGCUUUGCAAUUGUUCCGAUGACGAGAGCCUGGACGCUGAAUUUGAACACUUUCUGAGCGACAUAUUUACGACCGACGAAAUUAAAUAUUUUCAGAGGGAUGUGCUCAUGGCAAGUUGGCAAAAAAUGGAAGAAAUGCUGUGCAAAGGAUCCGUUCACAAGCCUAUACAAUGCGUUGCAAAAUAUUUAUCCAGUGAAGAAGACCUGUGCUCGAUAAAAGCACAUUUUAUCAAAUACUCUCGCAACCACGACGAUAUAGCACGACGCGUCAAAAUGGCAGAUUGGGUGGAUCUUUUAUCUUGGUGUUUGGGCGGUAACAACAGUCUUACAGAACGGUUGAAAAUUUCAUUACAACGGACCGAAGCUCAAGAUGUAGAAAUGGAGGAGCUUCCUAUUUAUAGAUCUUUCUGUAAUCGUUUUUUAAGAGACGAGUAAAAAAAAUCAAAAUUUUA